AUGGCACCUCCGAGCGGAUCGGCGGCUUACAAGAAGAAAGAUGGCACGCUGACCAUGUCCCAAGACCGCCAGUCGGUCUCGUGGAUUCCAGCGGCUGGCGGUGCUGCGGGCAUGAUCACGCUUUCUGUGGCUCAGAUUACCAAUCUACAGCAGACACCCGCUAGCAACCCGAAAGUAAUGCUGAAGAUUUUCGCUCUGCCCCCGAAUGCCCCUGCCAACGAUACCCCGGACCAAUACGUCUUCUCGUUCACGGCCGGCGCCAACGCCCGCGCCGAAGCAGAUGCCAUCAAGGACGCGCUCAGCGCCGCCAUCCAGGCCGCCAAAACCGCGCCGAGUGCGGCCGCAACACCCGUACGGACAGGGACGCCCGCCGGCGCCGGCGAGGGGGUAUCGGCCGCCAUGGCCAUCGCGAGUGCGGUGUCGGCGGUGCCGGAACACGGGCUGAGCCCCUGGGACGACGAUCAACGGCUUAAAACGGACGUGGAGCUGCAGCAGUCGCUGCUCAAGGCGGACCCGAACCUGCAGCGCAUGUUCAUGGAGUCGCUGCACACGAAACCGGACACGCUGACGGCGUCGCAGUUCAUGUCGCUGUUCUGGUCGACGCGGCUGCAUCUGUUGCGGGCGCAUGCGAUCGAGCGCUCGCAGACGCGCGGCGCGUACAACGUGCUCUCGUCGCUCAAGCCGCGGGUUGAAGACAACGUGACGAAGCUCAACAUCAGCAAAGAGCAGAUCCAGCUGAUCUUCAGCCAGCACCCGCUGGUGAAGCGCGUGUAUGACGAGAACGUGCCGAAGCUGAGCGAGCAGCAGUUCUGGUCGCGGUUCUUUCAGAGCCGGCUGUUCAAGAAACUGCGUGGCGAGCGCAUCUCCGAGUCGGAUGCCACCGACGCCAUUCUCGACAAGUACCUGCGCGACGACGAGCAGGCGAACCUGGAGCGUGACUCGCACGUGCCGAAUUUCCUGGACCUGGCCGGUAACGAGGUCAACAACAGCCAGCGCCGUGGUAAUCGGCCGGAUGUGGAUAUGCGGCCGUCCGCCCUGGACAAGGUGCCCAUCAUCCGGACCCUGAACACGCUGAGCGAGAAGAUCAUGGCCAACGUGGCGCCGGCGGACCGCGAUCCGUCGGCGCCGAUCGGAAUGGACGAGGAGACGUACCACGAGCUGGAGCUGCGCGAUUUGCGGGGCGACGACGAGCAGAACCGUAUUCUGCUGAACAUUCGCGACCAGAGCCGGUUCUUCUCGCAGGCCACGGGGGCCGAAGACGAACAGAGCCGGCUGCUUACUCGCCAGGAUCCGGACAAGAUCCUGACCGAGCUGCGCGGGCAGAUUGCGCGCGACUUGCCGGCCGGCGGGUCCGCGCAGCUGCGCAAGCUCGUGGGGCCCGACAGGAGCGAGGAGGAGAACGAGGACGAGAGGAAGCUCGACCAGCGGGUCGGGUCCAAGGCCAACCUGCAGCGCGCAUCGAAACAGAUCCUCGACGCGAUCCGCGAUCGGCGCAACCAGACGGACGCGUCGUCCACGACGGGCACCUACGGUCUUUCCCCGACGCUGUACGACCGGCUGACCCUGACCCACGCGACGAGUACGGAAUUCUUGCAUCAGUUCUGGCAGGCGUUUCUGUCCGGGAAUCCCGACCGCGCUGCCGAAGUUGCGUCGCUCGUCGAGUCGCUGAACCGGGCGUUGGAGCGCAUCCAGGCCGUGGCGAACGACGCGGCGGCUGAGCGGCAGGUGGAGGUGGACCGGCUGAAGCGGCAUGCGCGCGAGGUGCUGGAGGCGACAGGCAAGAAGAUUCGCAUCAAUCUAGCGGGGGUGUCGGGUGGGGAGAAAGCUGUGAAACAGCUGCUGGGGCCGACGAUCAAGGCAUUGGAGACGGCGUUGGCGAAGUAUAACAGUGCGUUGGCGGAGGAGAUGCAACGAUUGCAGACGAUUCAAUCAUGA